AUGAAUGCUUUUGUGCAAGUUAUCAGUUUCGACAAGAUCGGGUUCAGGGUUUUCCACACCCGCUUCGGCAAUCUCCGACAAGUCACGGCUUUCGCUCUGCGCCCGAAAUUCCAGCCUCAACAGCCUUCCAUAAUGUCAGCUUCUUCCAGUACACGUCUUCUCAGACUUGCUUUACCUCUGGUACAAACGCACGGCUUCACACGAGAAGCACUUGCACAUUCCGUGCUUUAUCUACCCCCGAAUGAAGCCCACGGCGAGCCGCUAUCAGAUACCGCCGUAUCGGCCUUGUUUGGACACGGAGAUGCUGCUCGGAGGGCAUUGAUCGACGCGUGGCUGGAGGAUGGCUUGGUGCAUAUGAGGACAGUUAGGAAAGUAGAACGGGACGGGAAACUCGCGACAGAUGGCGCGUCAGGUUCUGCUCCAACGGAGGGUUCAGGAAGAAGUCCGACUCUGAGAGAAGUCUUACGGGCGCGUCUGGAAUAUAACGAACCUGUGGUUUCUCUCCUUCCGGAGGCAUUUGCCCUCCUUGUCACCCCAUCCUCAGGAAUACAUCUUCUAGACCCAUUACCAGCGUUUAAACACGCAGCCACUAUUGCUGAUGAAGCAUGCUCGGUCACUGGAGAUCGAUCACUUCAGCUCGAAUGGUAUGCUCGUCGAGCAUCUCUGGCUACCGUUUAUGUUGCUGCAGAACUUCACCAACUAACGUCACCAACGACCGCAUAUGCAUUCCUCGACUCCCUCCUCGAGACCUCAUCAAACCUGAAAUCUUCGUUAAACGAAGUCGAACUCUACUCAUCAUACGUGUUCAAAAGCUGGCGUGGCAUCAUCAAGAGCUCAGGCAUCUUCUCUUAG